AUGACAGAUGAAUCAUCCAGUUCAAUUAUUAAUUCAGCCUUACGCACAUAUCCAUUGAUUGCUGCUGGUGAACUUUCUAGAAGUGACGGACUCUCGCUCACGAUUCGACGACAACGUACUACUGAAACAAUCGAUGUCAAUGGUCGUUUACCAGGAAAGUUGCGAAAAACGUAUCGUGAUGAAGACUUCAUCUUACACGAAGACAAAAAAUUAAUUAUCUUUACAACGAAAACUAAUUUAUCUAUUCUAAAGCAAAACAAACAUUGGUUCGCUGAUGGAACGUUUAAAGUCAACUAUCAAUCACAUGUCUUUUUUUCUAAUUUUCUUUCAUGUAGCUGUGUCCCGACGAUUAUUACCAACUCUUCACGUUACAUGCGAUGA